AAAAGGGAGAAAAUGAGUAAAGGAAGCGGCGGAGCCGCCACGAAAGGUGGGAAGAAGAAGGGUGUGACCUUCGUCAUCGACUGCUCGAAGCCGGUGGAUGACAAGAUCAUGGAUAACGCCUCUCUGGAGCAGUUCCUCCAGGAGCGAAUCAAGGUCGGCGGUAAGGCCGGAGCGCUAGGAGACUCAGUUACCAUCACCCGAGAUAAGACCAAAAUUACCGUCACUGCAAAUUCCAACUUUUCCAAGCGGUAUUUGAAAUACUUAACAAAGAAGUAUCUGAAGAAGAACAAUGUGCGAGAUUGGCUACGUGUUAUAUCUUCAAACAAGGAUAAAAAUGUGUAUGAAUUGAGAUACUUCAACAUUGCCGAAAAUGAGGCGGAAGAUGAUUAUUAAGAGGUUGAAUUACACCUUUCAAUCUCUAGACACCAUUGAAUUAUUAGUUUAAAGUGCUUGAUUUUUCAUUCCUGAGAUAGAUGUGCUGAACAACUACGAAAACUGAAUUUUGGUAACUACGUUGUGAGCAUAUCAUUUGGUAAGAAUGUUUUGUUUCAAUAGUAAAA